AUGCCGCAAUUCGAAACAAGCCAAGAAUGGCUCACGCAGUCCAGCCUCCUCCUCCAAGCGCGCCCUACAACUACACGCAUAACAUCCAAAUACAACGUCCUCUCGCCGACCAGUGCCAAAAUAACAAAAAAACGCUCUAAACGACCCCUCAAAACGAACCCUGAAUCCACGACGACGACGACAACAACAGCCACUCCCCCGGAAGCACCCCUCGCCGCAUUCAUCCUCAAAACAUAUGACCCAGUAUCCGGCGCAUGCUUAAAGUACAAAACCGACAAAGCCGCAGAAGUGGGGAGACUGGUGGGCUGUCUAGGGCGGCUGGGCAGGAGUAUGGCUGCACUGCCGGAGAUGGGAGAGGAUCAAACUCCAGAUCACAAGGACGAUGUGGAAGAUAGACCUGAGCAGAAGAAUACACCUGCGAGCGCCGUGGUGUCAACGCCGCCGCAAACACAAGGGAGCGGUGGGAAGAAGAAGAAGAAAGGCAGGAAAUGAAGUAAGGAUGAGCGUGAUGCAGAGAAAAUAAGAAAAGCAUCUUCGUCAGCGUUGGCGUGAGGUUCUAAUUUGGAUCGGCUUGCUACGGCAUGGGGCAUGGGGCGGACGGCAGUGUAUUGACCAUGAACUGGCGGGGGAAACGAUUGAGC